AUGGUGCAGCGGGCGGAGAGCUUGGAAGCGGAGAGCAACCUGCCCCGGGAGGCACUGGACACGGAGGAGGGCGAAUUCAUGGCUUGCAGCCCGGUGGCCCUGGACGAGAGCGACCCAGAUUGGUGCAAGACGGCGUCGGGCCACAUCAAGAGACCGAUGAAUGCCUUCAUGGUGUGGUCCAAGAUCGAGCGCAGGAAGAUCAUGGAGCAGUCCCCGGACAUGCACAACGCUGAGAUCUCCAAGAGGCUGGGCAAGCGGUGGAAGAUGCUGAAGGACAGCGAGAAGAUCCCCUUUAUCCGCGAGGCGGAGCGGCUGCGGCUGAAGCACAUGGCCGACUACCCCGACUACAAGUACCGGCCCCGGAAAAAGCCCAAAAUGGACCCCUCGGCCAAGCCCAGCGCCAGCCACAGCCCGGAGAAGAGCGCGGCGGGUGGCGGCGCAAACGGGGGCGCAAGCGGCGCGGGCGCAAGCGGCGCGGGCGCGGGCGGCGCCAAGACCUCCAAGGGCUCCAGCAAGAAGUGCGCCAAGCUCAAGGCCCCCGCGGCCGCCGGCUCCAAGGCGGGCACGGGCAAGACCACGCAGCCCGGGGACUUCGGGGGCGCCGGCGACGAUUACUCGCUGGGAAGCCUGCGCACAAACGGCGCGGGAGGAGGUGCGGGCGGCGGGAGCACCGGGAAGUCGGUGAAGUGCGUGUUCCUGGACGAGGACGACGACGACGACGAUGAUGACGACGAGCUGCAGAUGCGCAUCAAGCAGGAGGCGGACGAGGAAGACGAGGAGCCCGCGCACCACCAGCUCUUGCAGCCUCCCGGGCACCAGCAACCACCGCAGCUGCUGAGACGCUACAACGUCGCCAAAGUGCCCGCCAGCCCAACGCUGAGCAGCGCGGCCGAGUCCCCCGAGGGAGCCAGCCUGUACGACGAGGUGCGGGCGGGCGCGACCUCGGGCGCCGGGGGCGGCAGCCGCCUCUACUACAGCUUCAAGAACAUCACCAAGCAGCACCCGCCGCCGCUGGCGCAGCCCGCGCUGUCGCCGGGGUCCUCGCGCUCCGUGUCCACCUCGUCGUCCUCCUCCUCCAGCAGCAGCAGCAGCAGCGGUGGCAGCAGCAGCGCGGGCGACGACGCCGACGACCUCAUGUUCGACCUGAGCUUGAAUUUCUCCCAAAGCGCGCACAGCGCCAGCGACCAGCAGCUGGGGGGCGGCGCGGCGGCCGGGAAUCUGUCCUUGUCGCUGGUGGAUAAGGAUUUGGAUUCGUUCAGCGAAGGCAGCCUGGGGUCCCACUUCGAGUUUCCUGACUACUGCACGCCGGAGCUCAGCGAGAUGAUAGCGGGGGACUGGCUGGAGGCGAACUUCUCCGACCUGGUGUUCACGUAUUGAGUGACGGGGGGGGGGGUCCCCCAAGCCCCCCGCUUCAGGCUCUUUCUCUCCAGAGCUGGGUUCCCUGGGAGGAGGUCGUAGCGGUCAGGAUAAAGAUGAUGAUGAUUUUGAUGAUAUAGUCGGUGGUGGUUCAGAGGGCGGAGGGGAGAGGAAAAGAAGAUAUUGAUGCUAUUGCUAAGAUGGGACGCAAAGAAAUUGGAAACGAUUUUUUUUUUUUUUUGGUGGAGUUAAAGUGAAAUUGGUAGUUUUAAAAUGUUUCCUACCCUUUUUUUUUUUUUUUUGCCCUCUCCCCUUCCUACUUUGAUCGUAUUUUCAAGAUAGUUGCAUAUCUAGUCUGGAGUUGUGAUUUUUUUUUUCCACACCCAACCCCCCCCCCUCCCAUGUGUUUUUGUAAUUACUAUUUCUUUUUCCUGAAAUUCGUGAUUGCAACAAAGGUUAGUAGGCGGGGCGGGGGAGGGGAGGCAGGACCCGCUGCUCCGCUCCGGAAAGGCGCUGUUUGAAGCUGGUUGGUGUUAGCAGUGGAAGACGUCUACCGUGAAUCCCUCCGGCAGCACAACUCUUACCCUAGGGAGUUGGUGAUUUUGUUUCUUAAGAGAUCUUAAAGGACUGGUGUUUUUUCUUUAAGAAAACAAAAACAAAAAAGGGACCAUUGCAACUUUUUAAAUUUUAUUUUAUUUUAUUAUGGGUUUUUUUUUUUUUUUUUGGUUGUUGGGUUUUUUUUUUUUUUUUUUUUUUUUUGGUUUUCUUUUUUUGGAGGGAGAAAACUGAUGUCUUCUAUGCAUCUGAAUCUUUAACAAAACUGCAGGGAGCUUGAAGAAUGCAGACUGUACAAACGCUUACAAAAAAAACUGUGAACUGACAUAAGAUCAGCGUUUACUUUUCAGAUCAAAAUUGUUUAUGGUUUUACAAAUGUGAUUUCUACUUGCCAACUUUUUUUUGUAACUUGUUCCCUAUACCUCUUUGAUUGAAUACCAGACAGCCUAAACCUCAGUACAAAGGUAUUGAAACAUUUUUGAUACAUAACAGACCUCAGUCUUUUUUAAAAAUUAAUAUAUUUUCAGGCGUAUUUUUGUACAGUGAAAAGGGAACAUUCUUGCUGUGUUUUUUCAGUAAGACUUUCAGGCACUUCUUUCCUUUUGAUUUCUUUUAUUUUCCUGGGUUUUUUCUUUUUGACUUUUAUUUUUAGCAUGCUGUUGGUACGUUAUAUCCUGGUUUAAAAAAAAAGGAUUAAAAUUUUAAAGUAAUCCUUGCAUCUAAAGGCCUUGUGGUUUAAAAAAAAAAAAAGCAAACUUUUUUUUGUACAGCUAUAGUAGAGAUUUGUUCAAUAUUUGUAGGUAAAGAUUUAUUGAAAAUGGUGAUAUAGACCUCAGAGCUGUUAUCUUAGUUUAAAGAUUGUAUAUGUACUGUACUAUAGUAGGAAUUUAUGUAUCUCAUACGCUGUGAUAUGUGGAUGGGGCCCCAGGUGGAAGGUUUGAAACUGGAUUCUCGAUUUUUAGCAAAAAAAGGAAAAAAAGGCACAUAGUUUUUAAAAAGUUUCUCAUUUUGUGCAAUAUAACCUAAAUAAAGUACAGACCAUCUGCAUAUUUUGUAGCAAAUGGUGGCAAGGCAGACUCAAUGCGCUGUCUACAUCAUUGGCUGUUUUUGUUCUGUUUUGUUUUGAUUUUGGGGGUUUUUUUUUGGUGUGUGCUGGGAGUCUGUAUCUUGGUAAUUUUAAUAAUAAAUCAGCUGGGACUGAUAAGAACUCGCACGGACCAUAGCCUCUCUGGAAGUCUAUGGUGCUGGCUUUUGUCGCAGCGCAUUCGGUGGCCUGUUUGGUGCCCCGGAGAGGGCCAGGCUUGCGUCUGGGCGCAGCAGAGAACUCAAUUAGCAGGAUUUCUUCCUGCUCCCUCCCGCUAGUUUGCAGGACCGGCCGAGAGUGUUCUUUCUCUGCUUUCCUUUCCACCCCACCCCCAUUUCCUUUCUCACCUCCUCCCUCCCUCCUCUCCACCCACCGGACGCGCAGGGCUCUGCAGCAGGUCGGGGACAGGCGGGCUUGGAAAGGCCCUGGUCGCCGGGGCGCGCGGUCGGGGUCCUGAGCUCUUGGGGGUUGUGAGUUCUGGCCCGAAUCCGGAGACCGAUUGAGCGUCGCGGGGACAGAGGCCCUGGGGGUCUCGGGGGUUUCCGAUCCCCGUGAUUCCUUUCGAAGGGUGGAGACAGCCGUUUGUAGUUUUGAAUUUUUUCCCUGCCUGUGAGCAGCAGUGGAUAUGGUGGCGAACACCGCCACCCCUCUUGGCCUCUCGCGGUGACCAGGAAGAAGGGGGCGGACAGAGGACAGGUUGUUGGCGUUGGUGUCCCCGGCCGGGGCCGCAGGCUCUGGCUGGUCAUCGGCUUCGCCGGUGUGACCUGAGUUGCGCCUGGCUGCCGGAGGCCUUGUGGGCUUCAGGGGGCGCCUGGGCUGGCCGCGAGCAGCAGGCGUGCAGCCUGGAGACCGGCGGGGUCCUCCAGGCCCCACCUCUGCAUGCGUCUGGGCGCAUCAGAUCUCGCUGGCUCACUGGAGGCUGGUGCUGUUGUCCGUCGCGCGGCCGGUGGGCAGAAAGCUGCCAGGGCUCGAGGCGGGAGGAAACAAGCCAAACCUGGGAGGACGCGCCUUAGGUCCUCCCCGGCGUGUGCGGGGUCUGGGGCGUCCCUGGGUCUGGCUUCCUUGCUGGUGGGCUCCUCCUGCAAGGUGGCUCUUGCAUCUUGAUAUUGUUCUCCAGCCACCUCCUCUGAGCUCGGGGCUAGCGGCGACCACCCAUCCCGCGCGUGCCCGGCUCCCUGAGGAGGGCUGCUGAGCCAGUAGCACCCCACUUAACCACCCUUUGUCCAUACUUGGCCCUGUCCCGGAGCUCUUGAGCGGACCCUGGUUGGCGAAACCUGAGGGGGUCGCGCGCCCACGGCAGACUCCAAAGCCCCACCCCCACCCCCUUCCACGGUGCCUUUGCCACGUCGUUCACGGGGGCCGAGGAGAGAGGCGGGGGGAGGCCCUUGGGACCCAGUGCGCCAGCCGCAGAGCUCAGGUCCCCGGGGUCUACAAUGCAGGAGGUUUGCAACGGCUAAUUGAAACUUGGUGCAAAAAUCACCAUCUGAAGUGGUUUAGGAAGGUGGGCCCUUGAGCCGUUUUUAACCGAGAUUUGGCGCGAUCCGAAGGAAGCUUCCGCGUGUUCGCAGCAGGCACUUCUAGGCCAGAGGGGCCCUGCGCCCUUCCCGCCUUCCCUUCACUCUCCCGGGUCCCUCUUGAGCCCUCCCUUCCUGGCCUCCCUCCGUGCAGGACGAGCCCUGCCCCAGCCCCCACCCCGGGACGCGAAGCCAGCCAGCCUUUUCUGCAGAGGACAGAUUUUCUUUUUUGUGGCUUGCGCCUUCUUGCCGCUGAACCAUCAGCUUGCAGCAGUACACUUGGGAAAAGAAAGCGCUCGCGGUGGCGUUAACAAGGUUCCCGAGCUAGAACUGGAUUUUUGGAGUUGUUUACCUCCGUCUCCUCCCCUCCCCCCAGGAGCCUCCUGUUAGGGGUGAGACGUUUAUUUGAGCCACGAAUACUUCGACCAGCGGUUUACAGUUAAUUGACCAUUACUUGUUGCUGGUGAAUUUCCGUGGCAGGCCCCUGCUGCAGUUCUAAAACUUACUGAAAACGCAGAACCCAUGGCUAAAGUUGACGCUGUGUAUAUUUUGCAGAUCUGAAGACUGCAUGUGUUUUGCAUUUUAAAUCAUAGGAGAAUCCUGGACAUUUUCUGUGAUGAGGUAGAAACUUUUAAGUCAGUUCGUAACAUGCCUUGAUUUGGCCUGGGUUUUUAUUAAUUUCUUUUUAAAGCUAUGUGGCCGAAAUUCUCGAUAGGAAAUUCAGAGAGGAGUAGUUUUUUGGCGAUCAAAAUUGAAAACCUGCUAGAACUCAGGACAGGUGCUUGAAUGCCCUUUUUAACACUAUUUAAGGCUCUUUGAUGAAUGCAUUGUGAAAAUCAUUCUUAAUAAAUUCUUUUGAAUGUCUACAACGUAAUAUACGCAAGGUAUUCUUGCCACUGGAUAGGCGUCAAUAAAAGUUUAAUUGCAUUUUUGUUGUCUCUUAAGUAAGUCUUAUUUUUAACUAAACAUUGACAGAAUAUCUUUAAAUGGUGACGUGGGGGAGGGGUGGGCGUUUCUCAAAGCCCAGCCAGUUGGGUACCCUGCUGUUUGUAACUAGUUCACAGACUGAAUACAUUUCAGUGAGAUUUCCAUCCUUAAGAGCUUGAACCAGCAACAUCUUAUUAAUUCUUUAAGCUGUGGAAAUAUUUUCCAGUCCUUACGCUCUGAUAUGCAUCCUUUUUAUUUAAAAAAAAAUGCUAAUAAAAGGCAGUGUACUUAACUGUGCUUUGCAAAUAUUAUGUCUGUUUGGAAUGACUAUCACUGGGCAAAUUAUUUGUAGAAUGAUUAUCCUUUAGCUAGAAAAAAGAAUCAUUGCAACUCUUGGGCCAGAGAUGUUUCUUUUUAAUGUUAAUCAAGGGGAGGGAUUUGAAUAUGCAUGCUUGUAGCCAGCAGGAUGAUUUAGGUUUUUUGUUUUGUUUUGUUUUGUUUUUUGUGAGGAAAAAAAAAAAGGCUCAAAAGGCAAGGUUUAUUUUUCUUUCUGGGAAUUAAAAACCAUCAUCGUCUUGAUACUGGGAUAUUACAAGAAAUGUACAUUAGUUUUAUGGGUCUGAACUUAGAUGAUUUGCCCAAGGAAUCUGAGAAAUAAAGCAAAUAACUUGCUCUAUAUUAAAGUGGUCAUUCAAUAUGAAUAUAUUAUAUCACUCUUAACUUUUUUAUUCUCUGAUAUGAUUAAUAGUAUGUAUAUUCUUACUUUUGUCUCCUAACGGGCAUAUGUAUCUUUGUGGACACUUCGGAGAGAGGGUUUUCUUGGACUCUCCCAUUUAUAGAAUCUUUAUACUCUUUUUCCUGCAAGGUCUUCUGCUUUUAACAGAUUUCUAAGGCAACUAUAUUUGUGCUUUUUUCUUACGUGGGAAGACCAGCGAAAAUAGUUUACUGAGUUGUCGACUUUAUCAGUAGAUAAAAAUAAAAAAAAUAAUAAAAAAAACAUUCUUUAUUACAGUUUCAGGGAAACUUUUUUCAGGAUAUUUCUCAGUUAUUCUAAGGGCCAAAUUUUGUAAAAUUUCCAUUAGGAAUGUCAGUUUCAAAAACCCUUUGUAUAGCCUACGGCCUGUGAGGAUAACAGGAAUGAGCCUUAUAUAUCCUAUCACAAGAAUUUCCAAGUUCCCAAUAACCGUCUCCAUGUAACGACCUGUGACAUGCUUUUCUGAGAUUUGGCUUUUUUUGAUAUCGAGUUCUUUCACACCGUUCAUGUUACUUGCUUUAUUCUGCCUUCUCCCCUUUGGUUUGGUGAUCUAAAAUAUUCUGCUCUUUGAUAACAACUCAGGUUUUGGUUUUUAAGAGUUUUUUUUUCCUCUCUCUUUCUGUGGAUCUUGUGUUCUCAUCCACAAUAAAACUUAACCAGAACUCACAAAACCAAGCUCUCUUCCAUUUCCCUUCCUCGGACUGCUUUUUCCUGACCCCUAUCAUGUCUUUAUUUUUUAUUUUCAUUGUAUUUUUUUAACACUACCUAUAUCCAUUAGCUGCCUAAUUCGUUUCUCUAUUUCCAUGUGGAUGCAGUGGAUUUAUAAGAGAAUUUCACAAAACAAGUAGUUUUUUAGUGAACUUAAAACAGAAUUUUAAAGGAGACCUAUUUUUAUACUCAAUAAAAAAGCACAAAAGUGCAGAAAGUAUAAAAGGCUUACAAAGGGAAAACAUAAGUUCAUAAGGUUCCAUGUAUAAAAGUAAUAAUUUUAUGGGGGUAGAGAUAGUGUCAGAUCCAGAACCUCUGCCCGAGGACAGAUAGGACGGUCGUAAAUGAUUUGGGAACUUCUGGUCGCCUGCAGCUGUAAACAAGACUUUUCCGUGGAGUAAACAAACCACUAAAGAGCAAUAGGGUCGAGUGGGGCUGUGGUUUCCAGUGAGCACUUGGUGAUUUCUAAGCAUAUGUAGAGAGAGGCUCCCGGUUUAACUGUUUGAUCAAACUUCUUUUAGGUCGCUUUUUCUCUUCUGUGACAGUGAUUCACAUAAAGCAAUAUGACAACAAGCUUGAAAACGCAUCAGAACUAGAAUUUCCUCCAGGGUCCUCAAAGAGUUCCUUUUUUUUUUUUUUUUUUUUUCUGGUCUCUUUUUUUUUUAAAUGUGAUGCUUACGUUAAACACAUCACGUUGCCCCUUUCCAAAAGGAACAACUGGAAAUAAUAAUGAUAAUAACUAACAACACCGCCACAGAAAGAAUUUUGAUCAAAUAGCCCUGGACAGUGGGCCCUCUGUCUCAUCUUUCCUUCACCCAGCUUAUGUUCAGACACAGUAUGCCUGGUCCCUGAGUCCCGCAGGGAGAACUUCCACGCCAUCACCAUGGAUUCCUCACUGUCUACUUUUGCUGUUGUACAUACGUUGUGGGUUUAGAGAGUCUCGCAUUUGUUUUUGUGACACCUUUGUUUGAAUGGACUGUUUUAAGACGGAGGCCUGUGUUUCAGGGUUGGGACUCCUUGUGGCUGUGGUAUGGUGUAGCACUUCCGGAUGGCCACCCUGGACAGGACGGGGUGACCUGACGUUUUGGAGCCGUUUUCAGCACGGCCCUGUUUAACAAGUGUGUAUUUUUUAAGGCCACAUGAAACUUAAACUUUCAUAGCCCCUCCAGGGUUGGGAGCGGAAAGGCUGAAAAGCCCUUUUGUUUAGAAGUCUGAGUGGUUUGUGGGGGGGAUCCUUUUUUUAGGGUUUGCAUGUCAGCGCAGGACCGGUUGCUGUGAAACAGAAAAAAGAGGGUAAAAAGCUACCUGAGACAAUGCGCUGGAGAAAGAAGUGUUUGCUAGGACUAGGGUAACGAAAAUGCAUGGCAGUCGUGUCUUUGGGUAGGCUAUCUAUAGCAUGCAGAGUUUAGUAUGUUAAAACAGUGUAUGACGUUGCUGUAUCAAAGUUGUAAAAUUAAGCAUUAUUUAUUGAAAACUAUGUAUUUUUUUGUAAAAACCUGAUCACAUAGAGAAUAUCAGUGGCUUGUGCUUGUACUUCGAAUGGAACCAACUUCUCGACCACCCUUCUCGGUGCGCAGUGUUAACGCUCAGGGUUGAAAAUAGUAACACUCCCAUGUUGCUUUCGCAAGAGUUUUUUCGCAGAGGAACACAAUUUGUUCAAAAGACUCUUAAAUAAAAAUGGUGUGAUCAAGCUCCAA